GUCAAAAGAAUACGUGAAAGCUAUAGCGAUGUGUUUGACAUUUAUCAUCUGUUUACAUCAUUUUAUCUUUUGUAUUGUAUUCCAAAAUAAAACUGAAAUUUUUUAUUAAAAAUAUGUCUUAAUCAAGUUAUAAAAGUAUUCAUAAGAUUACACCAAAGUUUAGAAUUAGAAUUGCUGUUGUAGAAACAAUUAAUAUUUUGUCAAUAUCACUAAAAGAAAUGACCACUCCUGAACAAGAAAAUGUUUUGAACUACAAUCAAUCUGAAAGUAAUAAUGCACAAUCUCCGCUUGAUGUUUCAUAUUCAUAUAGUGUUAACACAGCACAUUCCGUUAGGGAUUACAUUAUUUCGGAAGAUUUGUUGGCUGGUCAACGAACCAAUGGAAGAAUGUCCAACAUCCGAAGAUUUUUCUGUUUAUUUGUUACUUUUGAUUUUUUGUUUACAUCUCUGAUGUGGAUCAUUUGUGUUAUGUUAGAUGGGCAGUAUAUCAUUAAGGCAUUAACAGAACAAGUGAUACAUUACAAUAUACAAACAUCUCUAUUUGAUAUUGUGUUAGUAGCUUUCUGCAGAUUUUGUAUGUUAACCAUAUUUUACGCAGCACUCUACAAAAGUCACUGGAUUAUAAUAUCAAUUACAACAGCUGGAACUUGUGGCUUUCUUAUUGCCAAAGUGCUUUAUUUUGAUUGGCCACAUUCCUCUCAACCUGUAUUUGAAGUAUUGUUAGUUUUAGUAUCAUUCAUCCUUGCCUGGGGCGAGGCCUGGUUUUUAGAUUUUCGGGUUAUUCCACAAGAAAAUUAUGCAAAUAGAUAUGUUAUAGCUGGAGAGACUGAAAGAACUCCUCUUAUAAGAAGUUACGUUCAAGGGCUUCCAUCUGUUUAUACUGAAAGCGUUGGUAAUUUUUACUCUCCACAAGGAUCCCCAGAAGGUUCCUUGUAUAGAGUUGAACAAACAAACCCUCCAAGACUAUACAAUCCUGUUCGAUUAUCAAGGAAAGAGGAACAUGAUUACAAGAAGUUGGCCUCCGCUACCGUCGAGGAGGCGUGGAAUCUAUUUAAAAACAGUCUCUGGACACUUCACACUGAAAAAAAUAAUGAUAAAAUUUUCGUGUCUGCUGAUCGUAAUAAUAAGAAAAUAUUUAAGUUACAGGCUGUAAUUGAUGCAUCACCGCAAUACCUUGUAGAAGAAUUAUAUUAUAAGGAAUGUGACAUGACAAAAUGGAACACUUCCGUUAAAGAAACAUAUAAAAUACAAACAAUAGACGAAUAUACGGAUAUAACGUAUACGAUAUCUAAAGAUUCCGCCAAAGGUCUCGUAUCCAGUAGAGAUUUUGUAAACUUGAGACGUUUCACUAGAAUGGACAAUGCUUUUGUUAUAUUUUCCUGUAAAACAGAACACCCUUCUGUUCCUAAAGUAGACAAGAUAACUAGAGGGGAAAAUGGUGCUGGUGGUUUCAUAAUAGAAGAAUUCAAGAACGAUCCAAAUAAAUGUACCUUCUAUUGGAUUCUCAAUGUCGAUCUAAAAUUAGAGUGGGUUCCAAACCGUCUUUUAGUCAAAGAAUUCUCUUCUAUGAUGUUCACAUUCGUCGAAGAACUGCGACAAUAUCUUAGGACGAAAAAAUCUUCAAGAAAAUAGUAUUUAUAAGACUGAUAAUCAUUUUUUUUUAUUAAUCUAAUAUUAGAGAUAUUGCCACCCUAAAUAUUUUUAAGUUUUUGUAUAUUUUUUAAUCUGUUCAAAAAAAGUAUCAAAGAUCAUGAGAAUUAUAUAUUAUAGGAAAAUCUCCAAUUAUACAUCAAAUAUCCUCUACUUAACACUGUACAGAUGGGCAAAACUAGCUUUUAAAUGGCAACAAUUAAAUACUAAUGAAGGCAACAUGAACAUUUGAAGGAGGCUGUAGAAUCUACUGAUUUCGGUACUGGUUUUUGUUUUCUACGGCGGUAAUAUUUUUAAAAAUCGACCUAGCUUCACUAAAAUGGACGACUGCAUGUUUUUAAAGACUUUUUCACAAAUUUGGUGUUAUUUUUUUCUUCUAAAUGCCAAUACUUUAGUUUCUGUUGCAUAUUCAAGCUUCAGCGCCCUGUAGAAAUGAAUGAGGAGUUUAAUUAUUCCAUAGAUACUGAACACUAUUUAAACUACCACUACACCAACUCUCGAAAUCACACUGUCUGGCGCGCGUUUGUAGUGUGUUUACAGUUUACCUUACCUAAUAAUACUAACAAAGAAACUGGCCCGACACAUGCAAUAAACAAAUUUGUUUUCCUGACUUAAAAUAUAACCACGCUUACCUGGGAAAAGUUAAAUUCGGAAAUAAAUGAUCCGCUUUUCCAUAAACUGCACCAUCACGAACCAUUUUAACAAUUAGGUCUGUGAUUAUAACCAUAGAUAAACCACAUCCUAUAGAUAUCCUAUUUAAGUUCUCGUUUCAGCGCCAUCUCUUGGUUAGUGAGCACUACUAAACGUACAUGAAACAAUAGUUUUCUUUCUGUUUUUUGCGGCAUACUUCAAAUUGAAAUCUUUUAUCCAGUUGCCGCCACGUCGAGCGAAACUGUUUGGGUUGAUAUUUCUGUGAAAAAAAAUUAGUACUAACAUUGUUUUUUGAUAUGGUUUGAGAUUGUUCUAAAUAGUAUAAGUCCUAAUUUAAAACUGACAGUCUUAUAUAUGAAGGUCGUUUUAUUAUCAAAAGUUCAUGAAAAUAAAUGUUCAUUUUAAAGAUUUAUUAGAAUAGUAAGUAUCAUGAACUCUAAUUUUUUGAAAUCAAGUUCUAUUUUAAAGUUUUAGUUCUUAACCGAUUUUUUAAAAACGUAAGUCUUAAUUUUACACAUUAUUUUUAACCAUUUCAUCAACAUUUCUAUUUAGAGCACUGAGUAUUUGUUUUACGAGCCUCGGUCUUAAACAAGCAAGUCCUAAGUUUAAAUAACAUUUUCAGGAGUUCUGGAAAUUUUGAAUGUCAAUAGAAUUAUAUAGGACUAUCCAAAUAAACGAAAUUAAUCAUAUUUAAAAAAAUAACCUCCAAAUUACACGAUUUGAAGAUCAUCAAGUUCUUAAUUAAGUCUUUUAUUUUACAAGCAUCAGUUCUAAAGAAAUAUUUUACAAACUACUUAAGUUCUAGUUCUAUUAUCAAGAGUUUCAGUAACUUCACGAUCGUUUUGGUUGAUACAACUCUAUUGGAAAGUUGGUCUUUUUUGUGCUCUUAACAGCAUAAAUUUAAAUACAUUUCGCAUUAUUUGAUUAUUUUGCCAAGAUAUAUUCUCACUGGAAUCAAAUUUCUAUAUUGAAAAUUAGAAAACAAAUUUGAUAUCUUUUUAACCACCCCAACAACAACAACAAAUUGCUUGUACGUUUUGCAAUAUUGUACAUGAACCACUUAGGGGUUGACGUUGGUUAGGGUAUUGUGGGUUGGGUUAAUAAACUUGUUACAUUCCCAAUAAAUUAAAUUGAAUUAAAUAAUUGUUGUUAUUGUAUCUUAAAUGACUGGAUAUCGAACUAGGAGCAAAAUAUUUUGGUUGACAAUCCAACAUUUGUUUCUUAUUUAUUUUUCAAAAAAAAAACUUCACUAAUAUUCAUUUGUUUAUAACAUUAAACACUUUUUUAAGCUUAUAAAAAACUGUUUAUUUCAAAGGGUUGUAAGCAUAAACUAACCUCAUUUAUUAUUGAAUAAUCAAACUGGUGUUGAGAAAAAUUCAAGUUGCUAUGUGAGAAUACCUUAUAAUUUUUUUUAAUUCAAGAAUAUUUAAAAACCUUCUGAUAGUUUUUGACUGUUUCUUAAAAAAAUUUUUGGGAAAUGCUAUAUAUAUAUAUAUAUAUUUAUAUGUAACAGUUAAGAUUCGUUCUCAGUUAAUUUUAAUUUUGACUAGGGAAAAUUAGUUCUAACAAACAUCUCUAUUUAAAACUAGUUUUUACUAAUCAAACUAGAGUUAACUACAUCUAUUUAUUGGGUAGUGAAAACUAGUGUCGAUUGAAAUGAAAGUUUAUAGUAUUAGAGGUCUAACUUCACCGGAUGUAUUUCUACCAUUGUUCAGGUUCAGGUGGAUGGCAAGGCUUCGUAAGAUGCACCUGGAAAAAAUCUUGUGUUUCUAAUCGCGGUUUGUACAAAAAAUAAUAAUAUGCCCCGGUAGUUUAUUUUAAAAAUUCUGAUUUUUAAAUGUUCCACUAGAAUAAAAUUUUAAAUCAAUACAUUUUUCAACUGGAAACUGUUUUCCAUUAGUAGAAUUCUCCAGUUUCAACUGAAAAUUUUAUUAAAUGAAAAAAAAACUAGUAAAUUCUAGUAUAUGUAAAAAAUGCCGAGGAUAUUAGUAAACAUUAGUUUUGACUAGUGAAAACAAGUUUUGGCGACAACGUAUUUUCGGUUUUGUAAUUAGUAAAAUAAAACACUUUUUUUAACAAAGAAUAGUUUUUAAUCAAUUAUAUAUUUUCAAUUUUUCUCAAUGAACUUUUGCAAUCAUUAUUUCAGCUUCAUGAUUCCGCGCCCAGCAAAUUUCUGGUCCUUAUCAACAAAAAACUUAACCAGGUACUAUUGAAGAUCAUCGUUAGUUUGACCAUUCAAAGAAUUCUGCAAACUUCGAAAUAAACUCUAAUCAGAUGGUGGCAGAUCAUGGCUGUAUGGGGGAUUUGUCAUCACUUCCCAACCUCCAAUAGUUUUCCACGAGUGGCCAAAGAUGUGUGGAUCACUAAACCUUUCCGAUUUGACAAUUCUGCCCAUUUUUAUUUGAUUGUUUCAUCCAGUUUUUUUUUUGUUGUUUUUCAGUUUUCGAUGUGGUUUCUGCUGGUUCAUCGUGUUUGCUCUAUGACCGUUUUCGAACUAUGUUACUGUACAGAAUUCAUUAUUCAUUACCAGUGAUGAUUCCUUUCAAGAAGGGUCGGUUUGUGUUGAAUGAAUUUCUUUCAAUUCGUGAGUAUCCAAAUAUCAAGCUUCUUAAGUAACCCAAGACAUUUUAAGUGUUUUUCAUUUAUGCUGUGCGAUACAUGUAGUCUCUUCGCAACCUCACGCACUACUUGCUUCUGAAGUGACCAGUAUCACGUGACAAAGGGCACAAAGUACAGCACGAACAUAAGUUAUUCAAAACAUAAAGCAACGAUCUCUAUCAGUAAAAAGCGAAAGUACUUAGUUGCCAACCUUAUAGAAUAAGGUUAUGAAAACUAAUCUUCCCUUGUCAAAACUAGAAUUAACUGAAAACGGAUUUUAACUGUCAGAUAUAUACCAAAAACGAUGAGAAGUUCCGUAUUUAGUAACAUUCAUCACUCAAUAGUUGGUGAGAGUGUUUUACAUAUUUAGAAUAUCUACAGUAUCUAAAAAAUGAUAACUGUUAUAUUAAAUGUAAAAAAAUAAUCCCACACACUGUCUCGAAGCAAAUCGACUCACUAUUCUCUAAUUAAUUGUUGAUUUCUUUCAUACUUGUUAUUAUUAUUGAUAAAAAUUGAUUGUUAUGUCACUUGGGUCAGCUAUUCAUACUUUAUAUUUAAUUCUAUAUACCAUUAAGAUUUCGUUUAUAUAAUAAAAUCUAAAAUAUAGAAAGACUAAUAAUUAAUUGUUAAUGUUAUUUGAUAAGUGACUUUUUUCAUUCUUCUCAAUAUUUUCAAACAUUAACAAUUUCAUUGUCUUUCUAUAAGUUAUCUAGGUUAAGUUCAUAUUCAUUUCGAUAUAACAUGUGUAAGCCCUUCGCUACUUAUAUUUAUAUUGUUAACAAACAUGUUAUGUAUUUUAAUCACCCAUUUUUUCAAUUUUGCCCUUUUUAUUUAUCAUAACAAAGGUAUAAAUUGAAGCCUGUUACCUAAUGAAACAUAUCUAAGUAGUUUGUACUCUAUGUAUGUAUGUGGGUAUUAGAGUGGUAUGUACCAGUACCUGCCGCGAUAUUAGGGAUCUCAGUCUUUAAAUCUGAUCUAGGACUCUUUUAAGAAUAUUCACAAUGUGGUAUGGCUGUAGUUGACAGAGAUCUUUGUCUUCCAUUUCAUAUGUUCCCAGAUGUAGUACUCUGAAGUUCCAUAGUGUCGCACACUUUGAGAGGAUAUUUGUACUCUUAAUAUAUUUCCUUCUCCUCUCUGGUAUCAUAAAUGAUCCUAAUUUGUUACUGUUGCCGCCUAAUGACUUAUUUCAUCAAUCAAAAUUGUAAAUGCUAUAGCGGGAAUGAGCAUGUUAAAAUAGCCUUCGCCUAAAUGUUUAUUCGGAAGUGGUUAUUAGUAAGAUCAUAUUGAGAAACCUCUUAAACUGAAUUAACAGAUCCCUAAACUUUUUCUAGGGUCUCUAUGUUUAAAAACGUUUAUUUUGCUGUAAGAUUUUCUCCAAAAAAAUACAGGUGCUUUUUUAUUGAGAAAAUAGACUGAUUUUGUUCACAUUUUAGGGAUAAAAAUUGGAUUCAAAUUUUUUUUCAUUUUUCAAUAAUUUUUAUAUACAUAUAUAUAUAAUCGAAUCAACAUGUACCACAUACUGGUUUACAGUUAUUUUCUAUAUACACAUAUUAUCCAUUCUUUGUUUUUGCUUCUCUCCCUGUAGUGCCUCUUUUCUCAUGUAUAGUACCAAAUAUUUUACCCCUUGUUGCUUUAGGUCUUCUUCUUUUCGUUUUUUUGUCUAAUUUUGCUUCCCAUACUUUCUUCACUUAUCUUGAAUCUUCCAUUCUUUGUAAAUGACCCACCAACUGAACUGUCUUCGCUCAAUGAUCUAGAUCUUGUCGUACUUGGUCAUUGUUAAUCUAUUCUUUUUGGAUCUCCUUUCGCCUAAGAUAUUUCAUCUUAGUAGCUUGCUAUGCAUUUUUUGUCUAUUAGUGAGAGUCCAUAUUUCACAUCCGUAAGUCAAUAUCGGUCCAUAAAUUGUUUUAUAGACAUUCAGUUUUUUAUACGUUAUUUAUUUAGCAGGCAGUUGUUUAUGCUGUAAUAUGAGUUUGAAACAUUUUUAUUUCAGUAGUUGUUUAGAAGACGAUUCAAUAAUUUUAUAGUUAUAGUUAUAAAAGUCAUAGUAGACAGAUCUUACAUAUCGUGUAUUGUUUCCAUUCUUUCGAAUACUAUUUUUAGACUAGAACAGGCUCAAACAUUGAAAAAAAAACUGUUCCCACGUUUUUUAUAAUAAUUAUUUCCAAUACAUUUCUAAUAAAAAUUGAGAUUAUAACAAAAAAAAAUGAUUUGGGUUUUUAUGUUCAACAAAAUAGAACAUGAAAGACUCAAGGGUCAAGAUGGAGCACUUUAACCAAGAAAUCAAUUACAUUUUUAGUUGGAGUAGCACACGAAAAUGGAAAGUAAAACUUUCUGUGCUCUAUUCUGAACUUUUGAGUCUCUAUGUUCAAUUUUGUUAAUGAAUUCUGGAAAAAUAAAUGUGCCCUAAAAUAAUAAUUAUUUAUUAUUAAUGAAAUGGUAUCGUAGAGUAUUUUGGGACUAUCUUAUAUUUAAGUAAUGUACAAAAACAUGGGGAAAAUAGUUUAUUCAAUGUUCGAGCUUGUUCCGGUCUGAACAAGACAAUGACUAAAAAUUAAAAUAAAUUUUUGGGUCCAAUUUUGAUCCCAAAAAUCUGAAAAAAAAUUAGGGUGUUUAGUCGAUAAAAAAGGGCACCUCCAUGAAUUUCUACAGAUAUUUUAGAACUAAUCGUAGCAAAAAAAAUUUCGAUCAAAUAUUUUUUCAAGCAUAGAAUUGAGUUUUAGGGUCUGGAAAUUUGGUUACCUCUUGAUCAGCUAGACCUGAAUAAAUAUUCAGAUCAAAAAAAUUUCAACACACUUAGUUUUACUAAAAUUAUGAUUAUUUUUUGGGUAGUAUUAGUACAUUGAAUCUUCUGAUAUGUUUUGUCUCUACUUAUAUUCUACUAUAUUUCUCAAUUAUUUAUUUGUAUUAAUAAUCUGAGAGAAUAAAGCUAAGUAAGCCUAGAUCCUAAUGUUCGUUUUGCAUUUACUUAAAACAUAUAUCGAUUAUUUUGUAUAAAAAUGUAAAGACUGUGAUUGUAAAAUAAAAUUGAAUUCUUUAUAU